CUCAACUUCCGUUUACUGAUCCUGAAUCAGAUUUGGGAUAUCUGUUUACUGUCCCCACUAUGGAUGAGAAAUCGUCCAAGCUGAUUCAGAGUCUGUUUCCUGCCGGAAACCCCUCCACGUCCGCCAAGCCAACAGCGUCCGGUCGCUGAGAACACAAACAAGAUGGCGACCAAGAUUUAACAGAGGAAAUCUUUUCAACAACAGUAAUGGUGGUAAACUCCGAAUCAACAUCUGUCUGUCUGUCUUCGGGAGAGAGAUCUAAACUGCCAUCCUGGAAGUCGUCCACCGCCCUGUCCCCCUAUCAUUCCACUGGACUGUUGUGAAGACUUCCUCCACCGUCAUGUCUACCGCUACAGUAGCAGACAGAGGUUCCGUCCGUCCAGUCAGGGGCCCCGGCGACGGCAUGGAGACAGACAAGCCCCCAGUCGCUAAGGAGAUCGGUGUCGUGGAUACGCCUCUGUCUUCGGUGCCACUACUUAAGGUAGCUUGUCCCAAACAAAGCCCCAAGAAGACGCACCCUGCCCCCGCCAGCCUCCAGCACAGCCCCCACUCCACCCCGCAGCAGAGCCCCAGAGCCACCCCGUCUGCGCCCCAGCCCCCCGGGGUGCUCCACCUGGGGAAGGUUCCUCGGGAGGCCUGCAUGGUGGUGGAGGCGGUGAGGAUCGUUGUUCCCCGUGCCGCCAUCAGCCGGAGUGGGGGUCAUGUGGGUCCGGCUGAGGAGAAAGGAGAGGCCUGGGCUGGGCAGCAGAUGGAGGAGCGGCCUCCCUCCCCUCCUCUGGAGGACCUGAGAGGAGCCAUGGAGAAGCUGCAGAACUCAGAGAGAAGACUGCUGCAGGACAAGGAGGGGCUCCUCAACCAGCUCCACGUGCAGACUGAGGUGAACAGAGAGUUGAAGAAGCUGCUGGUAGCCUCUGUAGGUGAUGACCUGCAGUACCAUUUUGAGCGUCUGGCCAGAGAGAAGAACCAGCUGAUCUUAGAGAACGAGGCUCUGGGUCGCAGCCGGGCCUCCACAGCAGAACAGCUGGAACGCAUGUCUAUACAAUGUGAUGUCUGGAGGAGCAAGUUCCUAGCGUCCAGAGUGAUGGCGGAGGAGCUGACCAAUGCCAGGGUUUCUCUCCAGCACCAGACCAGAGAGGCUCAGAGCGCCAUAACAGACCUGCUGAGUGAGAGAGACGAGUUCUCUAGAGACAUGAUGCUAACCCACAGGUCUCUGGAGCAGCUGCUGGUCUCUCUCCAGUGGGGUCGACAGCAGACCUACUACCCCAGUGGCCAGCCACUCAGCACGGGAGAACUAGCCCUAGCCAAUCACAAGCUGGCGGACGCCAUCAACUCCCGCCUGCUGGGGAAGGUUGGGCCAGUAGGGGGCAGCAGUGGAGCCGGGCUGGGGAAAGGAAGACAGAUCUCAGAGCUCCCUAACACCUCACACACGCCUGCUGAGAAGAUGGCUGAGAAGGUGUUGAAGAUCCUGGACCCUAUUUCCCGUUCAGACAACAAGGAAGAGCCCUCCCCCCUCUCUAUCUCCGACUCCUCCCCCUCGGCCUUCCUGACCAAUAAGAAGAGCAUCGGCCGGUUCCACCCUUACACUCGCUAUGAGAACAUCACCUUCAACUGCUGCGAGCGCUGCAGCGGAGACAUCCUGGUCCUCUAGGGGUCAGAGGGCAGGGGUCGUGACCUUUAACCUGGACAGGUCGACGCAGGCCGCUGUGAGGAACACCAGCCGGCUCUCCCUCCGUCGAACCGUCUGGUUUCACAGCGGCCUCAGAGCGGGACUUGACUGGAAGCACGGCAGAAGCUGACGAAACAACCGCUGAUUUUAAUUGGCUGAUCUCUCUCAGUCCGUCACCGUCUCAUAACUCUUAGAACCUCCCACGACAUUGUGGGCUUCAGAACGUGAGCAGAGCAAGUGAUUUAAACAAGGAAGUGAGUUCGGAGAAUCUGAAAGUGUUCCAUCUUAGAAUCAAUGGGGCUUCCC